GCUCCAGAGAUGGGAGUGUACUCAUUUGAAGUGUAUAAGGGCGAUCUACAAUGGCAAUACAAUAUUGGAGAUCCAAUUACUGCAUCUGCCUAUGUUGAUGAACACUUGCUGCUCCAGUCUGAUUCCUCCCCUUAUUCAGACAGGUUAAUUUGCAUUUGUUCCAGUUCUGGAGGUGUGCACAUUCUUAGAGUGAACUUGGAAGAAGAUGAAGAUACUGAUCAACCUAGAACUAGUGCGGAGGAAUGUGCUCGGCUAAACUUGGAGGGAGAUAUAUUCUCUUCCCCUGUAAUGAUUGGCGGCAGGAUUUUUGUGGGAUGUAGGGAUGAUUACUUGCACUGCAUUUCUCUUGAAAUUCCAUCGGAAAGUUGAAUAAAUUUUUUUCUCCUUUGUUUUUUGUGUGGCAAAAGUUGAAUAAUAAAACUAACUACUAGUCUUUAAUAUAAGAGUUAAUUUGACAUUCUA